UUUUGACAACUCUGAAACUUCAAACGUCAGUUGGACAAUCCACCAACUCAAACAGCUGUUUCGUGAUUUGUUACCCGGCGAGUUACUUUAUUUCUAUUUAUUCUUAUUUAAAAUAAAAAUAAUAUAAUGCCAGAAGAUUCGAAGAAAAACAAUGAGAAAAUAAAAGAGCGUAGAGAACGAAAACCUAGACAAAGGAAUCAGAAAAAAGAAUCUGAGAAUGUCGCAGAGAAGAAGACUGAAGAGCCCAAAAAUGUGCCCAAAGUUACAGUACCACAAAAGCCAGUCUAUGAAGCUCCACCUCCGGAGUUCUACAAGAACUUGAAACGGGAGACGGAUGAAAUACUCAAGAUAACUGAAGAAGAGAAUUCAAAAUAUAAGAAGAAAGAGAUACAAAGCAACUGGGCCAAGUAUGAGGUGCCAAUUGAUAGCUAUGAGGAGAUUGAGGAGCAGGAAAACUUGGGCGCUGAUUAUGAGAAACUCAUACAAGCGCCUCUUUCAAUCGGCGGGCAUUUCCAAUUCAAACAUGAGAAGUCUUGGGACAUCAACACAGGUCCAUCAUUAUAUGAUAAAUACUUUGAUAUUAACAUGGAAGACCUCAAUAUCGCUCUCUGUUCCAUACCUUUUUACGAGAGAAACUCUAUAGACACGUCAAACUUUACCGAAACAGAUAUCCUGACUAUGAAUAACAGAGCGACGCGUUUCAAACAGAAAUAUUACAACGACAAAUCAUACUCAACGCCAGAAACUGAAGCCCAAGAUAAAAUACUCAGUAACCUUAUGGACAGUCUUAAAGAGGAUAAUACUAAGAGGGACACGAGCAACGAUAUAGACCUAAAAUAUGAUAACGCACGCAAAACUAGAGCGGAGUCAGAAAAAUCGGAUAGUUAUGUAGAAUUGCAAACUGAAAACAAGACUGAAGUAACAAAUACUGUUGAAGAAAAUUUGACGACAGAGGAAUGUGUGAGUGAUGAAACUAAAGUCAAUAAAAUAGAAGUAAAAGAAGACAAACUUGAUGAUUUUGUUUUUGGCGACACUAACAAAAUUAUUAAAGAACCCAUAGUCGAUAAUGUUCCAACGCCAAGUUCUGUAGAAAAACCUGUGUGCAAUAUUGAAACUGUUGAAAGUACUCCUGUAGUUGAAAAAGUUGUGCCAACUGUUGCCAAGACGACACCUAAUGUAGCUAAAGAAAACCCUGUGCCUAUUGCUACUCCAAAUGUUACAAACAAACCUGAGGAAACAAAGAAAAAUCCAGUUAUCGAAUCUCCAGAAGAUCUUGAGAAGUGGCUUGAUGACUUUUUAGAUGGUUGAACAUUAAUUAUCACAGUAACUCCCUUGAUUAACCUUAUACAAAUACUUACACUAUUUUGUAUUGUAUUAUUUAUUACGUUUCUUGUUAUACUAAAUUAUUCCGUUUUUUUGUGUAGUUAUGGAUUAGUAAUCAAUAACAAAAAUAAACCUCUAAACAAUAUUUAAAUGAAUUGCAAUAUGCUCGUUACCCAAACUAAGAUAUUUUAUGAAAUGAAACUAAUACAUUAUAAUGGUUUAACUUUUAUUUACGGUGUCCAAAAAGUGCUUGCCCAAGUGAGACAUUAAAUAAAAUGCUUUGCCAUAAGGUAGGUAUUUAUUGGUGCGUCCACAUCUGGUGAAUGCGCUAGUGAGGACUUCACAAACUGCACGCGCGCAUUUUUAUAUAAACAAUGCCGCGCGCAAGCAUUCGCCGGUUGUGAACGGACCAUAAGAUUGCAUGAGUUCUUCCAAUGUUAUAUGCAUUUUUGGGCAUACAUAAUUUGUUUUUUGUUAACGUUUUAAAAAGAUGUAUGGUUAUUAAAGAAAUAAAAUAUACAGGAUUUACUCUUCGAA